CACCUCAUUGCAUUGCCUCCCCACUGAGCAUCACGCAUGACACAGACACGCAAGGAAGCACGUGGGCACGAAGGAAUCGCAGAAAAAGCACAGCCGAUUCGUAGCUGCAGGCGAGGAGGAAGACCCCGGAUCUCUUCCGAGUCGGCUGCACGCUUUCUACGGCCGCCUGGAGCCGGCUUGCUAGGUGGCGCUCUGCGACGAGGAGAGAGAGGGGGAUCAAUGGGAGGAGUGGGGCAUCAUUUCCUGCACUCGUGCUUCCUCUGCCGGAAGCCGCUCGCCGGCAACCGUGACAUCUUCAUGUACAGGGGGAACACGCCGUUCUGCAGCGAGGAGUGCCGGAUGGCGCAGAUGGAGGCGGACGAGGCGGCGGAGAAGACGGGGAAGGCCUGCGCUAGGAGGCUGACACAUGGGGCCCCGCCCGCCAGAGAAGUGGAGGGCCCACAGGAGUGCGGCAAUAAGGUCCGGGCCGGGUCGGUCCUUGCCAUGUAGCGCAAGUUCUGAAGAAGUCUUCUUAUGGCCUUUCCUUUUUCUUUUCCACCAUUCCGCUCGCAAAUCCCCCUCCCUUACGAAACGCACCACGUAGAUCAUCGCUUCCGUUUACACGUACGGAUUUGCGUUUUUUGUUUAAACCCUUGGAUCACUCGGUGGUGUGUUGCUGGUACCUGGUGGUGUAUAUUUGCACGUACCUUGUAUUAGUUAAAAUAAAAGGAUUGCAACAUUGUGAGAACGCUGUACGUACUGCACUAAGAAA